CCACUGCCUCUUAAAAGUGAGCUCAUCUGGCACUGGGUUGCAUUGAAGUCCUCCACUGUGCCUGAAGGAAGAAUGCUUUUGGGUGGUGGGAACGUGGAGAAGAUGUGGUAUGUCCAGCUGUCCCUUGGAGUGUUAACCAUCUUGAUCAUGACGGCGUAUGUCCCAUCUACACAUGGAGAGCCUUUUUUACUACAAGAGAAUCGAGUGCUUCCGGAGAGAGAAGACACAAAUCACAAGGACACACUGCUGACUCUGCUUCUGAAUAAGAAACUCGCAUGGCAGAGACCAGAAAAUAUUGACUGGGAGCUGGCAAAGAAAUUUGAAGAGCUUGAACAGCUGGAGAAGUUGAAGGAUCAGCUCUCAACUGAGGAAGGGUCAGAGGUGGCCUAUGCCUUGGAAAGCCUCUCAGCAUCCCAGCCCAAAAAACGCGCCUGCUUUUGGAAAUACUGCAUCUGAAGGCUUGCCAGGACUGGAGGAUGAAGAUGAGCCCUUCCCCAAACUGCCUUGCUGGGUAUAAAUGUGUUACGAGUUUGUUCUGUCCUCUCAUCGUGCUAACUCAGAUGCCAUCCUCCACAACCACACCACAGCCAAGUAUAACAGGGACCGUCACAGGAGCUAGUAGCCCACUACCACUCUCCACUGUUCCUUCCUUCCAGGUUUAACCUAUGGUCAUCUUCUACUUGGAAGAUGCUUCCCAACGUUCCUUGCUGUCCUGUGUGUGCCAUUCAGUCUGCUGCCACUGUACACUCUUCCCUUUCUUACCAGGUCUCC